GAAAGAGUCUCUGGCAGCCAUUUAAACACAUGGUAGUAGCAAAUUGUCAUUGAGACCCGGGAUCAUUAAUUUAAAUAGCUGGCAUGUACAGUUAUUUUUUACUGUUUCACUGGAUAUAUUUACCACACGAAAACAACAGCAAACGAAGUUAGUCAAGCGACGUAGAGAGAGAGUCAAGAAUGCUAUCCUGGGCACAACAGAAGCUUUAGCAGCAACCUUCACCCCAGCGAGGAUAAAUUAAUGCCACGCCCACGGUGACGAUUUCAUCCAGCUGUUUUACGACUUCUUUUUUGCUAGAGUCAAAUACGUCUACAUUUGCACUACGCAUUAGAGUGUGUAUUUUUUUUAUUUAAAGCAUAACGGACCCAGGCAAGAACAACCGUGAUAAAUACGCGGUUCUCUUUUCUGCCUUUGCCUGGCUUGACUCCAGCGCAGCAGAAGAUCGUGCUGUGUUUCGGGCGCUUUGACUUGUUGCGCAUGUUGAAUUUCAGCUCAACUGUGCCGAAUCUCGCAGUGUUUUAGGUGCAUCUCGUACUGCAUUGAAAUAAUUACAAUUCUAAAGCAUAGAAGCGAGGACGACGUCGAGUGUAUCCGUUUCCCUCCGUUUAACUGCAAUGAUUUUAACUCCUCUUUCUACUGCCUAGUGGAGAGUGAUAACCUGAUUCUUCCCGCUGUUGGUUUUUGGUAGUCUUAUGCCUUUUCACCUUGCUGAUACUCGUAAAAGAGUGUGAGAACGGUUGCUGUAGCCAGGUGUGAUCAUGAUGUAUCUAAACUAAUACAAGCGGAGAAGAAUUCCCUGGAGUAUGAGGUAUGAUAUUAAAGUGAACUCAUUCAAGACUUGUGGUACCGUAUGCGGACGGUCAGUAAAGUGAACCCACAUCGGAUAUGAAUAAUCCAAUACUUUCUGAAGUAGACCUAUUGAGUCUAUGGAGAAGUAGAACUGCGUGGGUGUUCGGCAUCCGAGUCAUUUUUUUUACUGGAGUCAGGAUAUUUCAGGCUUUGAUAACCUCUGGAAUUUGAAUAUGAUCUCAGGGACUGAGAAUUCACCAUCAUGUACGGCUUUGAUGGGGGCUCGUUUAAGAUCCAGAAGGGGUCUUUCCUUAAUAUAGUUUAUUACAUCUUUCUCGUGUGGACCAAAGAAAUGCACGCUUUAGCAGACUUUUCGGGUUACUUGUCUAGGAUUAUAAAAAGCCAUUCAGUUUACGCCUGCGAUGGGGAGAGCCUGUAUCUCCAAUGUCCGAGACACUCCACCAUCACGGUCCUGUCAGCAUUAUACGGACGCUCUGAACCCGAGCUUUGCCGAAGUCCUGCUUACUCUUUGGAGAGAGCAGGUAACCAAACCUGCUCAUCGUUAACUGCUUUGCAGAAGCUUCUGGAUGAGUGUCAGGGAUAUCGUGCCUGUCAGCUUCUGGUCAGCAACCAUGUUUUUGGACGUGACCCUUGUCCUGGGACACCCAAAUAUCUUCUGGUGUCUUACAAAUGCAAACCAACUGAGCACAAGGCCAAAAUCGCAUGUGAAAAUGAGCAACUGAAACUCCACUGCAAAUCCCCUCGUGUGAUAAACAUCUACUCUGCUGUCUAUGGAAGGCAACUGGAAGAAGACAAUAUCUGCUCUUCACAAGGAAAUUCACCUCUUUUUGAAUGUUUAGACCACAGUGCCGUGCACUUCGUGUCGAAGAUUUGCUACGCCAAACAGAAGUGCGUUAUUUUGGUUGACGACAAACACUUCAGGAACCCAUGCUUCCCAGGAACAAGAAAGUAUCUCAGCAUUGUGUAUGCUUGUGUUCCUUGGAUAUUGCUUAGAGAAGCUGAUCCAAGCGUGUUGAAUCCUACCUCAGCUCCCAAAAAAAAUGAUGGAAAAGGGCUAAUUCUAAAACCCAAAGGAUCAAGGCACCCAGACAACAGCAACAUUAUUGUAAGCAACGCUCUGAUGACAUACGGUUACAUAAAAGAGCAUGCUGAAAGAGCUGCACUGCUGUUCAUUUCCAGCGUGUGCCUGGGGCUGCUGUGUGCUCUCUGCGCCCUGGCAGUGCAGGUGUCCUGUCCGGGGGGCCCGAGAGCUCACCGGCAGCAGAAGAGCCUGGUUGCGGAGGAAGGAGGGAAGGAUGAAGAAGAGUCUGAGGAAGACUCAGAGCACAACAGCUCUACGGUCUCCAGUGUGAGGAAGGGUCUCGGCCCCAGUGAAGCCCAGGACACUGCCGAAGCAGCUGACAUGGCAGAGAGGAUAGCGAGGCGCGACCGAAUCCUGCUAGAGAUCUGGAUGAACACCUGCUUGAAUGGGACCAAAGAUUCAAGCCAGUAUUCCACAGAAAACUGGACACGUGCUCCAUCUCAUUAGACAACAUCUCACUGGCUGCAUUCAGAAUGAAAUAAGAGCACCAGAGUACUCCAAAAGAAUUUCCUUACUCCUCAAGAGACUAUAAAUGCCAUUGCAAAAUCUGAAAUACAGUGAUUAAGAAGGUUAUAUUUUGACUGAACUUAUGUCUGGGGCCACAUCAUAUUGCAUUAAUCACUGUGUACUCUAUCCACCAAAGACUGACUCAAAACAAAUGUUUUUUUUCCAGAUGUGUUUUUCUAAGUCCAUGAAAGCCGAAAGAUCUUUCUGUAUGAGGAAGAGAAACUUUCUAAUAUCUGGGGGGGAGGGAGGAGGUUCUGUUCUGUCGUGGAUGUUCUGCAGGAGACAUUCAGAACAUCCACAGGAAAUCAGUCAUUGGAAUGCUCCUUUCAGGGCCAGAUUCAAUACAGGUCAGCCUAUGGCAGGAAGGCGGCGAUAGCACACACACACAAGUAGCAUUACUUAAUGCUUGAUAAAGUCUCUGCAAAAGCAGGCGGCCAGUGAUCAAGCAUGAACUAUGUUAAUCAUUGUUAACCAUAUGAAACCAGCACAAAUACUAUCCUGCACUUCACUCACAGGGAUAGCAGGUUAUGUGGCAUUAAAGCUGAAAAGAUUUAUAACUAC